GAUAUCUACAACAGAAGUUGACUAUAACUACUUAAUUAUCUGUUUUACAUCAGAAAUUCGACCACAAUUCACAAUCUUACGCAAAAGGACGCAGCAGGAACUUGUAUACGAUAGCGAUACAACUAUAUAUCAAAAUCGAAUUGUCUCCGGAGUCGAAGACAGAGGAUUUCGCCACUUCAGCCCUUUCUUGAGCUGCUCUCUAAGUCCGUCGCAACAAGACACCUAGAUCAGAUACCGAGGGAUUCGCAUAGCAAGAUGCCAACGAUGUGGUUAUCGGAUAAUCAAAAGAUCGGCGUCGUCUUCUGUUCAGGCGGAGGCUUCUUCCUGAUCGGUGGUGUUCUGUUAUUCUUUGAUCGGGCCAUGCUGGCGAUGGGCAAUAUCCUCUUCCUCAUCGGCCUAACGAUCAUAAUCGGACCGCAAAAGACCCUCCUAUUCUUCGCGCGACGCCAAAAGGCCAAGGGCACAGCCGCCUUCUUCGCAGGUCUGCUGCUGAUCCUGAUGCGCUGGCCCUUAAUCGGGUUCCUCGUCGAGCUAUACGGCAUAGUGAUUCUCUUCGGCGACUUCCUGGGCACGAUUGCCGGCUUUGCGCGCAACAUACCCAUCGUAGGCCCUUAUAUCGGCCUACUGGUCGAUCGCAUCGGGCUAGGCCGGAGGAAUGCCGAGCUGCCUGUCUAGAGUCGCACACAGAUAGACAGACAGAACUGCUUGCUAGACAAAUCAUGCAGGAAUGUUGCUAUCUAGGUAAAACAAAAAGAAGAACGGCUUUACCGCACCGGGGAAUUCGAGACGACCCCCUUAUGGGGGCAUGGUUUCCCCCAUCUUACCUUGAAACAACGCCAAUAUGCUGAGAUGACCAAUAC